UUCGGUUUGGCAGCAGUAAAAUUGACACAGAUCUGAUCAAUCGAAUAGAAAGAGCUAUUGGGCAAAAACCUCACCACUUUCUACGUAGAGGAAUCUUUUUUUCUCACAGAGAUAUGGACCAAAUCCUUGACGCUUAUGAAAAUAAGAAGUCCUUUUACCUUUAUACAGGCAGAGGGCCAUCCUCUCAGGCAAUGCAUGUUGGUCAUCUUAUCCCAUUUAUAUUCACAAAGUGGUUGCAAGAAGUAUUUGAUGUUCCCUUAGUUAUACAGUUAACUGAUGAUGAGAAAUACCUUUGGAAGGACCUGACAACUGAGAAGGCGUAUGAAUAUGCUAGAGAAAAUGCAAAAGACAUCAUUGCAUGUGGUUUUGAUGUCAAUAAAACCUUUAUCUUUUCUGAUUUAGACUAUUUGGGAACAAGUACUGGAUUCUACAGAAACAUCGUCAAAGUUCAGAAGCAUGUUACAUUUAACCAAGUGAAAGGAAUCUUUGGCUUUACAGACAGUGAUUGCAUUGGAAAGAUCAGCUUUCCUGCUAUUCAAGCUGCUCCAUCCUUCAGUUCAUCAUUUCCACAGAUCUUCAAUGGCAAGGAGAACAUUCAGUGUCUUAUCCCAUGUGCUAUCGAUCAGGAUCCUUAUUUUAGAAUGACGCGAGAUGUAGCACCUAGAAUUGGACAGCCUAAACCAGCCUUACUGCACUCAGUCUUCUUCCCAGCCCUGCAAGGAGCACAGACAAAAAUGAGUGCUAGUGACCCAAACUCCUCCAUCUUCCUCACUGAUACACCCAAACAAAUCAAGACAAAGAUUAACAAGCAUGCCUUCUCGGGAGGCAGAGAUACUAUUGAAGAGCACAGGAAGUACGGAGGUAACUGUGAUGUUGAUGUGUCUUUUAUGUACCUGACUUUCUUCCUAGAAGAUGAUGACAGGCUUGAACAACUGAAGCAGGCAUACACAAGUGGGGAAUUGCUCACGGGGGAGCUGAAGAAGGUUCUUAUUGAAACAUUGCAGCCCUUGAUAGCAGCUCAUCAAGAAAGACGGAAGCAGGUUACAGAUGAAAUAGUGAAGCAGUUCAUGACUCCACGGAAGCUAGCUUUUGAAUUUUGAAGAAAUGCAUAGUAACUUACCACUUGAUAAACCAAAAACGAGUAAUUGUUGUCUUCUGUUGUAUGUCAUCACUCCCUAGUUAUGUACAGCCUGCAAUCACUGCUUUAUAAAUAUUGCUUUUAAAGAGUUAAUUACAAUGAAUGUCAGAGUACAGGAAAAAUUUAAAAUAAGACUCAUAUCUAUUUAAAAUCAGAAUAUACAGGACAGAAUUGCCCAAUCUUGCAGAAAAGCAUGUCUGUCAGCAUGACACUGUAUUUUAUUGCAUUUCAUGUUGAAAAUAAAAAUAAAACUUCCAUUUUGAUGAUAAA